AUGCGAGCCAUGCGUUGGUGCUGUUGUCUCCUCCUCCUCCUCUCACUCAGCCGCUUCCCAGCUGCACGUUCGGCCCAGUAUGGUGAGAUAUGUCACUCCCCCAGCGACUGCAACACUGCAGAAGCGCCACUUUGCCAAUUUUUCUUCGUCGACAAGACGUACAUGUACAACAAGGUGCCAGAUUCGCCUGUUAGUGAUGUUUUCACACAGCCCAAGCUCUACGGCUUGUGUGUGCAGUGCAUCAGUGACUGCGAUUGCGACCUUGACAAGUAUUGCGGCGUCGAUACAUCUCAUCCAGUCGUCACUCCUUCAAACCUGACCUCGAACAAUACCGGAUCGGGGCUGACAAGAAAGGUCAAGUUGUUGAUCGAGGCAUACUCCAUUCACUUCGGGGAUCUUACCCUGCGUUCUAAGUGCAACAGAUAUCAGCUGCCCAGCACAUGCUCCUCGCAUAUAGACAGUGGAGCGUAUUCUGAAUCAGUGUCCACGAAUACAUUCAUCGAAGACACCAGUCAGUCCGACGUCAACCAAGCGUAUAUGACAUUUUUCCAAACCCGAGUGCCUUCCGGAUUGCCCAAACAAGCUGAAAACAGGUUCUGCGGGAAGGUGAAUUCAUGGGCUCCCGCUUUCCUUCCGGUCAUUGAUCUCAACCCCGCUGGAUCAAAUCCCAUGCAACUGGCAAACAAAUGGAAUCUAAAGUCGAAUGCCGUUUCGACGGGGAGAAAGUACAAUACCCCAGCAACAUGCACGCCGCACGUCAUUUACUUAGAUCCGAAGACAACAGUUUGCGCUUCUUGUCAGUACGACAACAACUGUCUUACACAGACAGAGGACUUCUGCUGCCUCCAUUCCUACAGCAGUUUUACCAGGACCUGCAUGUCACGAAUGGACUACAGAAGCUGUGAAGAUGCGUGUCAACCGCCUCCAUCUGUAUUGGUGGGUAACCUUUUCAGCAGCAUUUGUCAGACUGCCCCGCUCACGACUGUGGAAUCGCAGUUCUGUAAAUGCUAUCAGAAGUGUCUCACUUGCGUUGCAGCAAACGCUGAUCAAUUUGUUACUUGCAACGAGAUACUGCCAACGUCUUCUAUGCCAUACUCGAGUUAUGAAUUUCAGGAUUACGACGAUACAUUGGGGAAGUUUCCCACGUUUGUGGGUAAUCCUUGGACCCCACAACUGCAAGAGACCUGCAGUUUCUGCACAGCACAAGGCACUUGUCCGGACUCGGUCUAUGAGAUACACGUCCAAGGAGAAUGCUCAGAUGGAAACUUCCACUAUGACAAUGCAUACUUCAAGUUCUCCAUCAAUGCCCCUGCAGUUGAUUUCCAGGGCAGCUGCAUGAAAGGAGAAUGCAAGAUUUGCAGGCACGCUUGUUCUUCUGCCUUUCAAUCUCAUCACAGUCUGCUUCACAGCGAUGGAAGCAUCAGUCGUUGUCAGUGGGAUGAUGAUCAGCCACUUUGCGUCGGCGGUAAGUGGGUGCUCUGGGGACAACUGUUGACAACUUGGCUUGGACGAGCUGCUGCGGCCAUCACCUUGCUCACUGUGUUUGCUGGCUUGAUCGCAUGCGUGUUGUUGGGCAAGGCGAUUGGCUGGUUACGCGCUAAGGGCAGGAAAGAAAGCUCCUCAACGCAAUCAGCCUGCUGGUCCAUAAGGUUUCCGCCGUCGUUGAAGGUCUGGCGAACCAACAAGUCCAAUGCGGGGCCUGUGGAAGCGUCAGUUGGCGGCGAAGAGAUGCAUGCGUUGCAGUGGGGUACUGUGCAUGGCUUGGUCAGGCAGAGUGCGACUGUGCAGGAACCUGCAGUGGAGCUGGAGGGUAACGAAAGCUCUUCGACAAGCGCUGGGGAGGCAGGGGAUCUGCUGGAGUCGGAGCUGAAGCCGAGAGACGUCGAACUGUUCAUGCUGCAAGCCGAUCCUGUUGCACCUCAGCCAAAGAUAGACGGCGAGGUAGUCAACACGGAGGUCAAAGCUGAAGGAACAGGCAAGAAGUUACAAGCAAGCAAGCAGCUUCCCAAAGUAUCGCAGAAGCACUCGCGCGAUAAAAGCAUACAGGAGGCACCAGUACCAGAGCAGCCUGCUCAUGCAGACUCACCCUCCUCCUCCUUCUCCUUCGCUCAGGCCGCUAUGGGACCGAAACGGUUGUAUGAGGUGGAGAGCACGCAGGCGGUGGUCAGUGACUCGGCGAGGCACGUGGAGGAGCUUCGGCGAGUCCAGGAGGCUCGGCUGGCGGCGAAGAUGCCGCUCAUUCUGUUCAGCCUCGGGGAGGAGCUCGAGGAGUACAGGGAGCUGAUGAGGUUCAAAGGCACUGACUCAAGGCGCAACACAACCUAA